UUUUCUCUUUCUCUUUUUCCUCUGCCUCUUUAUCUCUCAUGGCUCCCAAAAACUCAAAGAAACAAGAGGCGCCACCGUGCGCUGCUACAGAAGAGAAGCAGUUGAAAUCGCGAUAUUUUUCUGAAGAGAACGUUAGUGUGAACCAUAGUCAUCCUACAAAAAUCGUUCACUGGAAACUAGUGCCUGUUCCAGACAACAUCCGUAUUGCUCCAAUCUUGGGCCGCGUACGCCUGCUUGCCGAAACCGCAUCUGCAUUGGAUGAUGACGAAUCCAUAAACGGAACCAAAGAUGAUCAACCUUCCUUGCUCACAAUGACUAUGCUUGAAAGCCAAAAGAUUGAAACUGUACGUAAGCAAAGCUUUUUCAGUGAAGAGCUGACAGAAGAAGAGCGCGACAUUGUUGCCCAACGAGUGGCGUUGCAACAGCGUCAGUUUAUGGAGUAUGAACGACGUGAAAAAAUCCGCAAGUCUAAAAAGGUGCGGGCCAUGUUUGAACAUGUUAAUGACGAAGAAAUCCAAGAAAUGCUACUUGACUGUGACGAGGAUGAAGAUGAAGUCAUAUAUCGGCUCACAAAACCUGGGUAUCUACUGGAAGUACGAAAGCAGGUUGCAUCGAAAUAUGUCCAUGAAGAGCAUUAUACAAGUCCGAAGAUGACGGAUGAUCAGAAGGUUGCCUACCAGCAGCUAUUGAAAAAACGGUCGGAGACUCUAAAAAAGACAACUAACGAUAACGCCAAAAAACAAUACCGCAUGGGAGGCAGACUGGGUCUCGAUGAAGCACUGCAGCAAGUACAGAAACACCAAGAAAUCGACCCAGAGAAAGCAUUUGAAGGAUGGUCGCAAGCGCGUAUCCGUGCGUAUCAAAUGAUUGACCAGAAUCCAAACAGUUACUAUUAUCGAUUCAAUGCGCCCGGUGAAAUUCAGCGUAAGGGACAAUGGACAGAGGAGGAACAAAAACUAUUUUACGAACGCCUUGCUGAAGUCGGCGCGAAUGGACAAUGGGGACUCUUCAGUAUGAAGGUUCCAGGACGAGUGGGAUACCAGUGCUCGAAUUUUUAUCGGCUGUUGGUGGAAACCAAAAAGAUUAGAGAUCCGAACUAUGUGUUGGACGAGCGGGGCAAAGCGCAUUAUCUUUUUGACAAGAAGAACGCCAAUGGUCAGGUCCAAAAGACGUUUCGCACGCAUAGCAAGCAUUCGUCGGGUAAUCUUCCGCCGAUCCCGGCUUCUUACACAGUGGGCGAAAGUAGCGGUAGUGGUAGCAAUCAUAAUGCCACUGGUCCUGCUGUUGCUACAUCGCCAGCAUUCGCUACACCACCACCACCACCACCAUCGGCAUCAACAGCAGCAGCCAAUGCUACUGCUAGUACCUCAAAGACCAAAACAAGUCGAGGCGCUUCAGCAAGCAAGAAGAAGGACGAGAAGCAGCAAACCAAACCUAAAACAACAUUGGGCCAGCGGCGCCGCCGUCGUCGGGAUAGAAGAUGGUCUGGCGGUUCUGGUGAAAGUGAUGAUGGGUCAUCCGAUGAUUUUAUCGGUUAUGAUAAUGAUCGAUCCGGAAGCUAUACUGUACGCAUGCACAGUAGCAAUAACAACGACGACAGUUCACAAGACUAUUCGGAUGACACGCGACGCAAAAGUAAGCGACAAAGACGACCGACCCGACUUGCGAUGGAAGCGGGCCUGGUACCAGGAAAUAAUAAGAAAGCGUCCGGGACGGCAACAUGUUCGUGGAACGCAAUUAAGAACAGGGGAAGAAAGAAGAAGAAGCCCAAGCACGAGCCUUCACCUGAAUCUCCAUCGACUAGCACACCGUCGCCCAAACAAUCAUCCGGUGAUGAUCAUUCUGGAACGGUUGCAACAACGUCGUCUGCUACUAUUGCUAGUAGCAGUGCAAAUGUUACAGGUGCUUUGGCUAAGCCAACAUCAUAUUUACGUGAGCAAAGCAGUUGUGCCGAAGAAGAAGAAGAAGAGGCCGCUGCCGACGACGACGACGACGACGACGAGGAAGACGACGAAACAAGGUUUGCAAGAUCAACAAACCCACUUUCAAACUUUAUUGAUCCGAUUACCUUGGAAGAAGUGAUCAAGCCAGCAAUAUCAAAAUAUGGUCAUGUGAUGGGAUACGAUAGCUGGAUGCGCUGUCUAACAAGGUGGGAAGGUCAACGAAACAUUUGUCCUUUGACUAAAAGACCGCUGACAAAACGUGACCUAGUUAUUUUGGACUUUGACAAUAUCGAAGAGUAUCGGUCUCGCAUCGUCAACUUGUGAGAGAAUUUCUUUGGAGAUGAUACAUAAAGUGCGUGUAUGUCAACCACCCAACCCAACUUUUCCGAUACACAUGUAUCAAAUGCACUCACACCUAUUCACUCCCCCCCCUAAAAUAAAUCAAUUCCGGCUUUCCCCGUUCCGAAAACAAGAUAUGCAU